AGCUGAUGGAACAAUAGAGGGAGGGAGGGAGACUGGAAGGAGACAGGCGGAGGAAGAGACACAGGCAGCGGGGCUUGCGGGGGAUAUGGAUCCGGGCAGAGCAGCCCCAGUGCCCGCUGCAGCACAGUGAGCGCCUCCCGGAUACAGCCCCGCGCCCCCGGGCCCCAGCUCGGAGCCAUGAAUGCGGCGGAGGGUGCGGAUGAUGGAGGGGGAGCGGAUUCCGAGGUGGAUGCCUUUUUCCGCACAGGUUCAUUUCGGAACGAUGGAUUAAAAGCUACCGACGUCCUGCCUGUACUUAAGGAAAAAGUGGCCUUUGUCUCAGGUGGGAGAGAUAAGCGAGGGGGCCCCAUCCUGACCUUCCCAGCACGGAGCAAUCACGACAGGAUACGACAAGAAGAUUUGAGGAGACUGGUGACAUAUCUAGCGAGCGUACCAAGUGAAGAUGUUUGCAAACGAGGUUUUACUGUCAUCAUUGACAUGCGAGGAUCCAAAUGGGACUUGAUUAAGCCCCUACUGAAGACCCUACAAGAAGCGUUUCCAGCUGAAAUCCACAUAGCGCUGAUUAUCAAACCUGAGAAUUUCUGGCAGAAACAGAAAACAAAUUUUGGGAGUGCCAAAUUUAUAUUUGAGACCAGCAUGGUAUCAGUUGAGGGACUCUCAAAACUGGUGGACCCAUCUCAGCUGACGGAGGAGUUUGAAGGUUCUUUGGAUUACAAUCAUGAUGAAUGGAUCGAGAUCCGUGUGUCUCUAGAGGAAUUCUUUAACAGUGCUGUCCACUUGCUUUCCCGCUUGGAGGAUCUUCAGGAGAUGUUGGCCAGAAAGGAGUUCCCAGUAGAUGUUGAGGGAUCUCGGAGACUGAUAGAUGAACAUACGCAGCUGAAGAAGAAGGUCAUCAAGGCUCCUGUGGAGGAGUUAGACAGAGAUGGUCAAAGGCUGCUACAGUGUAUCAGAUGUGGGGAUGGGUUCUCUGGGAGAAAUUGUAUCCCAGGAGGGGCAGAUUUCCAAAGCCUUGUGCCAAAGAUCACCAGCCUCCUGGAUAAACUUCACUCAACAAGGCAGCACCUGCACCAAAUGUGGCACGUGCGUAAGCUUAAACUGGACCAGUGCUUCCAGCUGCGGCUGUUUGAGCAGGAUGCUGAGAAGAUGUUUGACUGGAUCACACACAACAAGGAGGUGUUCCUACAGGGCCACACGGAGAUUGGGAUGAGCUACCAACACGCCAUCGAUCUUCAAACCCAGCACAACCACUUCGCAAUGAAUUCUAUGAAUGCGUAUGUGAACAUAAACCGCAUCAUGUCGGUGGCAUCACGGCUGAGUGAGGCGGGUCACUAUGCCUCGCAGCAGAUUAAGCAGAUCUCAGGGCAACUGGACCAGGAGUGGAAAAGCUUUGCUGCUGCGCUGGAUGAGAGGAGCACCAUCCUUGCCAUGUCCGCUGUGUUUCACCAGAAAUCUGAACAGUUCCUGUCGGGGGUAGACACAUGGUGCAAGAUGUGUAAUGAUGGAGGUCUUCCCUCUGAGAUGCAGCAACUGGAAAUGGCAAUCCAUCAUCAUCAGACUCUGUAUGAGGAAGUGACUCAGGCCUACACUGAGGUCAGCCAGGAUGGAAAGGCCCUUUUAGAUGUUCUCCAGCAGCCGGUGGGUCCAGGAAACUCAGAGUCACUCACAGCCUCCGCCAAUUAUACCAAGGCAGUGCAUCAGGUCCUGGAUGUGGUACAUGAAGUGUUACACCACCAGCGUCGCCUCGAGAGCAUCUGGCAGCACCGGAAAGUCAGACUGCACCAGCGGCUACAGCUCUGCGUUUUCCAACAGGAUGUUCAGCAGGUGAUGGACUGGAUCGAGAAUCAUGGAGAGGCAUUUCUGAGCAAACACACGGGUGUUGGCAAAUCCCUGCACCGGGCACGUGCCCUGCAAAAGAGACAUGAUGACUUUGAAGAAGUAGCACAGAACACAUACACCAAUGCAGACAAGCUGCUGGAGGCGGCAGAACAACUUGCCCAGACGGGAGAGUGUGAUCCAGAGGAGAUAUACAAAGCAGCGCGGCACCUGGAGGUGCGAAUCCAGGAUUUUGUGCACAGGGUGGAGCAGAGGAAACUUCUCCUGGACAUGUCAGUCUCUUUCCACAGUCACACAAAGGAGCUGUGGACUUGGAUGGAAGACCUACAGAAGGAGCUCCUAGAAGACGUUUGUGCUGAUUCAGUUGAUGCCGUACAGGAGCUUAUUAAACAGUUUCAGCAGCAACAAACAGCCACACUUGAUGGGACCCUGAAUGUCAUCAAAGAGGGAGAAGACCUCAUCCAGCAACUCAGCCCUCAGCCCUCUGCAAUGUUGCAUUCUGCAUACAGGGACUCCGCGGUCUCCAGCAACAAGUCUCCCCACAACAGCUCCAUCAGUCACAUUGAGUCGGUGCUUCAGCAGUUGGACGAGGCUCAGGUGCAAAUGGAAGAGCUGUUCCACGAGAGGAAGAUCAAGCUGGACAUCUUCCUGCAGCUGCGGAUCUUUGAGCAGUACACUAUUGAGGUGACAGCUGAGCUGGAUGCCUGGAAUGAGGAUCUAUUGCGACAGAUGACUGACUUCAACACAGAGGAUCUGACCCUGGCCGAGCAGCGACUACAGCGGCACAAGGAGCGCAAGCUGGCCAUGAACAACAUGACUUUUGAAGUCAUUCAGCAGGGUCAGGAUCUGCAUCAGUACAUAAUGGAGGUGCAGGCAUCAGGAAUCGAGCUGAUCUGUGAGAAAGACAUUGACCUAGCGACUCAGGUACAGGAAUUGCUGGAGUUUCUCCAUGAGAAGCAGCACGAGCUGGAUUUAAAUGCUGAGCAGACUCACAAGCGCCUGGAGCAAUGUCUUCAACUGCGCCACCUACAGACUGAAGUCAAGCAGGUGUUGGGCUGGAUCCGCAAUGGUGAGUCAAUGCUGAACGCCAGUCUGGUUAAUGCAAGUUCACUGUCGGAGGCUGAGCAGUUGCAGAGAGAGCAUGAGCAGUUUCAAAUGGCUAUCGAGUCCCUUUUCCAUGCCAGCUCUUUGCAGAAGACACACCAAAGUGCCCUGCAGGUCCAGCAAAAAGCAGAGGCGCUCUUGCAGGCUGGCCACUAUGAUGCUGACGCUAUCCGCGAGUGCGCCGAGAAGGUGGCAAUGCACUGGCAACAGCUGAUGCUAAAGAUGGAGGACAGACUCAAGCUAGUGAAUGCCUCGGUGGCCUUCUAUAAAACCUCAGAGCAAGUAUGCAGUGUUCUCGAGAGCCUAGAACAGGAAUACCGAAGGGAUGAAGACUGGUGUCGGGGCCAUGAUAAACUGGGACCUUCCACUGAGACAGACCAUGUCAUGCCUCUGAUCAGUAAACACCUGGAACAGAAGGAAGCCUUCCUAAAGGCUUGUACUUUAGCGAGAAGGAACGCAGAAGUCUUUUUGAAGUAUAUUCACCGCAACAAUGUCAGUAUGCCUGGUGUGGCCCCACAUACGCGUAUCCCUGAGCAACAAGUUAAAGCCAUCUUGAGUGAGCUCCUGCAAAGAGAGAACCGUGUGCUGCAUUUUUGGACUUUGAAGAAGAGGCGGCUGGACCAGUGUCAGCAGUACAUUGUGUUUGAAAGAAGUGCCAAGCAGGCGCUGGACUGGAUUCAGGAAGCAGGGGAGCAUUAUCUCUCCACACGCACCACCCCUGGGGAAUGUAUGGAAGAGCCUCAGAUGCUGCUGAAGGAAUAUGAGGACUUCCGAAUACCUGCAAAGCAAACGAAGGAGAAGGUGCGGCUGCUGAUCCAGCUGGCAGAUAGCUUUGUGGAGAAGGGCCACGUCCAUGCCACCGAGCUGAAGAAAUGGGUUACUACUGUGAACAAACAUUACCGGGACUUCGCCUUGCGCAUGGGAAAAUAUCAUUGCAGCCUGCAGCGAGCCCUGGGGAUCUGCACUGAGGACACAAAGGACCUGGAGUUGGACAUUGUCCCGGCCAUUCUGACUGACCCAGAGGUAAAACUAAGGGAUGCCAGCCAUGAACUCAAUGAAGAGAAGAGGAAAUCUGCCAGGAAAAAAGAAUUCACCAUGGCGGAACUUCUGCAGACAGAGAAGGCGUAUGUGAGGGACUUGCACGAGUGUAUGGAGACCUACCUAUGGGAAAUGACUAGUGGCGUGGAGGAAAUUCCCCCCGGAAUUGUCAAUAAAGAGCAUAUCAUCUUUGGGAACAUCCAAGAAAUAUAUGACUUUCAUAAUAACAUCUUCCUGAAAGAGCUGCAGAAGUACGAGCAGCUGCCUGAGGAUGUGGGACAUUGUUUUGUCACAUGGGCUGACAAAUUUCAUAUGUAUGUGACCUACUGUAAGAACAAGCCUGACUCCAGUCAGCUGAUCCUGGAACAAGCCGGGACCUUCUUUGACGAGAUCCAGCAGAGGCACGGCCUGGCAAACUCCAUCUCCUCCUAUCUGAUCAAACCCGUGCAGAGGAUCACAAAGUACCAACUGCUUCUCAAAGAGCUUCUAACAUGCUGCGAGGAAGGGAAAGGGGAGAUUAAGGACGGGCUGGAAGUGAUGCUGAGUGUGCCCAAGCGUGCCAAUGAUGCCAUGCACGUCAGCAUGCUGGAAGGAUUUGACGAAAACCUGGAUGUUCAAGGGGAACUUAUCCUGCAAGAUUCUUUCCAAGUCUGGGAUCCCAAAUCUCUCAUCCGCAAAGGCCGAGACCGGCACCUCUUCCUGUUUGAAAUGUCCCUUGUGUUUAGUAAAGAGAUAAAAGACUCUACCAGCCACACAAAAUAUGUCUUUAAGAACAAACUACUGACCUCGGAAUUGGGGGUGACUGAGCAUGUUGAAGGAGACCCCUGUAAGUUUGCUCUGUGGUCAGGACGCACACCAUCAUCUGAUAACAAAACUGUGCUAAAGGCAUCUAGUAUUGAGGUGAAGCAGGAGUGGAUCAAGAACAUCCGAGAGGUCAUUCAGGAACGGAUGAUACAUCUGAAGGGGGCCUUGAAAGAGCCAGUCCAACCCCCCAAAACACCAGCUAAACAGAGGAACAACAGCAAAAGGGAUGUACUGGAAGAUGCCGAUAGCCAGGGAGACGGGAGCAGUCAACUGGACACCAUCUCCAUCGCUUCCAGAACCUCCCAGAACACUGUGGAUAGUGACAAGGUAACUGGAGGGUGUGAGCUGACAACUGUUCUGCAGGAUUUCAUUGCUCUUCACAACAAUGAGCUGAGCAUACAGGUGGGACAAACUGUGGAGCUACUGGAGAGGCCGAGUGACCGGCCUGGAUGGUGCUUAGUGCGGACAACUGACCGAAACCCCCCUCAGGAAGGGCUGGUACCCAGCAGCGCCCUGUGCAUCUCUCACUCGCGGAGCAGUGUGGAAAUGGAAUGCUUCUUUCCUGCAGGCAAAGAUUCAUAUUCCACUUCGGAAAAUGGAGCGAAAUCAGAGUCCGUGGCAAAUCUGCAGCCCCAGGCGUCCUUGAAUUCCAUCCAUAGUUCCCCUGGUCCCAAACGUUCCACCAACACCCUUAAAAAGUGGCUGACGAGUCCUGUGAGGCGGCUGAACAGUGGGAAGGCAGACAGCAACAUCAAGAAGCAAAAGAAAAGAGAGGGACGGAACCUUGGUUCCCCCAGGGCUGGUGAUGAGACCACUCCACAGGGUGACAGCGCAGAUGAGAAAGGGAAGAAGGGAUGGGACGAAGAGGCUGAUGAUGAAUCCCACACUCCGCUCCCUCCACCAAUGAAGAUCUUUGAUAAUGACCCCACUCCAGAUGACAAGUCUUCCUUGCUUGUGGUCCGGCAGAGCUCAGCGGAGGUGCCUAGUGCAGCUGAACUGGUCACUGCCAUAGAGAAUCUGGUCAGGAACAAGAUGACCAUUGAUGGAGGUUCUUACCGUGGCCCACAGAAUAUAAAUGAAGGCUAUGUGAAUGAGGGAUUGGCCCCCUCGCCAGCUCCCAGGAACCAUGAAGAGGAGCAAAAAGCCAAAGCACUCAGGGGCAGGAUGUUCGUACUGAAUGAACUGGUGCAAACAGAGAAGGAUUAUGUCAGGGAUCUUGGGUUUGUGGUAGAGACGUACAUUCCUAAGAUGGAAGAGAGAGGUACCCCAGACGAUAUGAACGGAAAAGACAAGAUUGUUUUUGGCAACAUUCACCAGAUCUAUGAGUGGCACAAGGACUUUUACUUGGGAGAACUUGAAGAAUGCCUUCUGAAGCCAGAGAGGUUGGCGCAGUUAUUUAUAAAGCAUGAGAGGAGACUGCACAUGUAUGUGGUGUAUUGCCAAAAUAAACCUCGCUCAGAGUUUGUGGUUGCUGAAUACGACGCCUUCUUUGAGGAUCUCAUGCAGGAAGUGAAUCCGAGAUUUACUCUUAGUGAUUUUCUUAUCAAGCCGAUCCAAAGGAUAACCAAGUACCAACUCCUGCUAAAGGACUUCUUUAAGUACAGUCAGAAGGCUGGUUUGGAGUGUUCGGAAAUCGAGAAAGCCGUGGAAUUAAUGUGCCUUGUACCUAAACGCUGCAACGACAUGAUGAACCUAGGCCGCCUGCAGGGAUUUGAGGGGAAGUUGACAGCCCAGGGGAAGCUCCUACAGCAGGACACCUUCUAUGUGAUUGAGCAAGAAUCUGGGGUCCAGUCUCGGACAAAGGAAAGACGGGUUUUCCUAUUUGAGCAAAUAGUUAUCUUCAGUGAGCUCCUCCGGAAAGGUUCCGCCACACCGGGUUACAUGUUCAAAAAGGGCAUAAAGAUGAAUUAUCUCAUCUUAGAAGAGAACAUUGAUAACGACCCAUGCAAGUUUGCCAUAAGGAGCCGGGAGACGUCAGAGCGAGUGAUCCUGCAGGCGGCCAAUGCUGACAUUAAACAGGCCUGGGUGCAGGACAUCAGCCAAGUUCUGGAGACCCAGAGGGACUUUCUGAAUGCUCUCCAAUCCCCAAUAGAAUACCAGCGGAAGGAGAGCAACGCAGCCAUUAACAAGCCUCAGAUAAGCAGAGGGCCUUCCCCGACCAUCAGGCCUCUCUCCACCACACCUGCAGGGUCUGAAAAAGAUGUCACCAUUCAAAUGCGUAAACAGUCCCUACCAUCAUGGAAAAUACCUACCUCUAACGGCAGCACUGGGUAUGAAAUGUACCCGCAUGCAGAGAAAUGUGAGCCAAAUCAGAGUGAUCUGAGCGGAUGUAAUGGGGCCAAUUCCAUGGUGGUUAUCCAGGAUUACUAUGCACUAAAGGAGAAUGAGAUCUGUGUGUACCAUGGGGAGAUUGUACAGAUUCUAGCCAUCAAUCAGCAGAACAUGUUCCUGGUAUUCCGACCGUCCAACAACCAUUCCCCGGCAGCAGAAGGCUGGAUUCCGGGAUCAGUCUUGGGGCAUAUUUCUAAACCUUCCUCGGAAAAUAGCGACAGAUCCAUCAAGACUUCAUGUUCUUGGCACACACUCCGCAUGAGAAAACGGGACGGGAUGGAGACCAACAGCCCAUGUAAGAGGCAGGAGGGCCUGGGCAGCAUGGUGAAAGAUGGCAACAGUUCAGAGGAGUCUGAAUGUGAUGACCUUGACACCAGUGCUAGUAUGGAGAUAAUCAAUCCAAAUUUCAUCCAAGAAGUGGCUCCUGAGUUCCUUGUGCCCCUAGUGGACGUCAUGUGUGUUCUUGGGGACACAGUGAUCCUACAGUGCAAAGUAUGCGGUCGGCCGAGGCCCAGUGUUGCCUGGAAGGGACCUGACCAAAGCAUCUUGGAUGGGAGCAGCAACACCUACUCUAUGUCAACUAGUGAGUCUGGAGACAUCAAACUGAAAAUCAGCAAUGUUAUGCCCCAGGACAGUGGCAUCUACACGUGUGUGGCAACUAAUGAGCUGGGGGCAACUUCAUCAUCUGCCACCAUCAAAGUGCAAGGUGUCCCUGGGGCCCCCAGUCAGCCCCUGGCUCAGGAGAGAAGCAGCACCUCUGUCAUCCUCCGCUGGCUGCCACCUACCAGCACUGGCAAUUGCACCAUAUCUGGCUACACGGUGGAAUAUAAAGAGGAGGGUGCCCAGCUCUGGCAGCAGUCAGUUGCCUCUACCCUAGAUACUUACCUUGUCCUGGAAGACCUGUGCCCGGGGACCCAGUAUCAAUUCCGGGUGAGCGCCAGUAACCCCUGGGGUAUAAGUCUGCCUAGUGAGCCUUCAGAGCCUGUGAGACUUCCAGAAACUGAUAACAAUUCCAAUGGAUCCACAAUUUCAUGGAAAGGAAACUUUGAACAAAUGUACACGGAGCUACAUGAGAUUGGAAGGGGCAGGUUCUCCAUAGUGAAGAAAUGUACCAAGAAAAUGACCAGGAAGGACGUGGCAGCCAAAUUCGUCAGCAAAAAGCUAAAGAAGAGAGAGCAGGCGGCGCACGAGGCAACACUUCUACAGCACCUGCAGCACCCACAGUACAUUACCAUCCAUGACACCUUUGAGUCAGAGAGCGCCUACAUCCUCAUCCUCGACUUAAUGGAGGAUGGCCGGCUGCUGGAUUAUCUCAUGAAACAUGAUGAGCUGAUGGAAGAGAGAGUGGCUUUCUACAUGCGAGACAUCAUGGAGGCGCUUCAGUACUUGCACAGCUGCCGGGUGGCACAUUUAGAUAUUAAGCCGGAGAAUCUCCUUAUAGACCUGCGUAUCCCAGUGCCCAGAGUGAAGAUCAUUGAUAUGGAAGAUGCCGUGCAGAUAACGGGACACUAUUAUAUUCACCAGCUUUUGGGGAACCCAGAGUUUGCUGCCCCUGAGCUUAUCCAAGGAAGCCCUGUCUCUCUUGGCACAGACAUCUGGAGCUUGGGGGUACUAACCUAUGUCAUGCUUAGUGGGGUCUCCCCAUUUCUGGAUGAGAGCAGCGAGGAGACCUGUGCCAACAUCUGCAGGGUGGACUUCAGUUUCCCCCAAGAGUAUUUCUCUGGGGUAAGUCAGGCUGCCCAGGACUUCAUCAAGGCCACACUGCAAGGAGACUCUCGCUGGAGACCCACCAUUGCCACCUGUCUCCAGCAUCCAUGGCUGCAGCCUCAUAACAACACUUAUUCUAAGUUACCUUUGGACACCUCCCGUCUGGCAGGCUUCAUUGAGAGGCGGAGUCAUCAAAACGAUGCUCAGCCAUUGGCCAGUACCAAGAGGCUCAUAAUUAGCAGGACCAUGGUGGAAACAUGAUUUAACAGAGAUGAAGUCCUAAAUUAUGCUGAUCAGUACAGGAGAGCCUGAGCUUGUAGGGGGUGCUAUUUAUUUACUGUAUACAGGUUUUCAAGUGGGGUUAUGGUGCUAAAUUACAAUGGACCAUAUCCAGCUGCCUCCCUGCCAACCAUUCUAAUGAACCCUCUUAGAAAGCAGAUCUCACAGUAAAGACAGUAAUGACAGACCUGGUGCUGUGUCUUUCUGGAACAUGAUCUAAUUCUGUAGGCCGAGGUCCUGGAGUGGGGUUUAACCAUUUUGCUGCUAGUAUGGACACUAAAGGGUCUCCUUUUUUCCAUUUUUACCACUCACUGUGCUUUGUUUUCUGUAUUUAUAAUAUUUGAUUUAUUUUGUGGACAUUCUGUCAUUCACUAAAGUGUUUGCACAAUUGUUGGUAAUGGCCAUGAUGUUAUGCUGCGUCCAUUGGUAAAAAAAUCAUGUUUACGAAUAUCAUGGAGGAAAAAAAAAAAACACAUUUCUGGAAUGUGAUUGGCCAGUAACAAAAGGAAAGGUCUUUCUAAUCCAAUCAAAGAACAGAAGAAAUGUAACGGUCCCUACAUUUGAUUAGCCGCUGUUGGUAGGAAUUGAGUUUAGGCCCAUGACUGUGGCUGUAAUUGCACAUUAUAUACAGAUGUUAUUGCCAGUUUUUUUUUUUCUGCUCACUGUCGAUACCAUAGUGUUUCAUUUACAGUGUGACCCUACCUUCCCUGUGCCCCUUUGCCCUUCUGCUUUAGUGUGGCUACCAAUGAAUGGGUCACACAACACUGGACUGAGUGGCCAUACAACACCCAUGGAGCCUUAAAAAUAAUUGUUCCCCAGUCUCCAACGGACUUGUUCCAACCUCACUGUGAUUGGACCAUUAAGUGCUACAAGGGGCCAUUCUCUGUACUCUGGGCCCCUGACUAAGGCACCCAUGGUGCCAAUGAAAAGUGACUUCUCUGUUGGUGCAAAUAUGUCUCUGGCACAAGUCCUUCUCUCUGUGGUUCUAGGAUGGAGAGGUUAUUGAAAUUCCUUGUGUCAGGCACAAAAAAAGGUGACGGUAUGGGGGAUUUAUUCCAAUUGGUUGUGGAAUCUGCAAACAACCAGUAUUCGUAGGGAGCUUCUUUCAGAGUUAAAUAAGGGCACAGAGUGUUAAGAGGUUUUGAUGUUGCAUUUUUCAGGUGCUGCCCUUUAACCCCAGAAGAGAAAAACUGUAUGGCCACUUCCAGUCCCACCAAAAUUGCAGAUGAUGAGCACUUUCUGCAUAGAUUUAGCUCCACCAAUAUGUUUUACUUAAUAUUUCUAGACACAAGCAUCAGUACAUCUUACAAGUGGCAAAUUGUUUGCCCUUAAAGUGUCACCAUGGGUCAUAUAUGAAAUAUUUCCAUUGUAACCCAGAGCUCCAAGUCAAUUGCCCUCGAAGUAACAGGGAAUGUUAGUCCCCUCUGCCUAAAUGGGAAGAGGAAAAAGCCUUGAGAAGCAACCAAUAAAGGUAAAGAAUCAUAGAUAGGAAGGAGUAAGAUAAAGGGCCACAUGUCCGGGGUAGGUGCAGGGUGUUCGCUCAGCCUCCUGUUCAACAGGUAUAAAUUCAAUGCACAAUUGUCAGAGAACAGAGGUUUGGGAAAUAACAUUGUGAAAGGCACAGAGUGUAAGUUGUACACAAAUAUGUAAUAUAAUCACACCCUGACGGUAUUUCUAUCUGGGGAACCCUAGAUAAAUGUACAGCACCAAUAAAGUGUUCAAGCUGUUAGCAGAC